UAUUUUUAAGGGUGAAUGUCCUAUGUUCUGUAUAUCUUUGACGCACUCCAAAAGAACACCCACACACAAAACCAACCAUUGACUGCAAUCAUGAAGUGUCUCGCUCUGGCUUUGCUCCUGUGCGCUCAGCUGUCUCUUCUCCAUGGGGCCUGCUACUUCAAACCAAUGAAGCCAGGUGCAACUGAUUGUGAGGACACUGUGGACCAUACCAAGCAUGCCAUUGGCUCCACCUGGAGAAACUCCCGAUGUGACACAUGUAGCUGCACCGGGUGCUGCAAUCUGCCUAGACCCGUUUCUUUUCCAGAUGACUGCAUGAUGGAGUUGGACAAGGCACAAUGUAAAUUCAGGGUGUUCAAGAAGAAUGACCCCACACAGCUAUGCCCCUUUGCCGGAGUUGGGAAGUGAAACUUGUUGUCAAGAAGUAGUAGUAGACUAGAAGUAGUCUAACUGCUACAAUAAAGCUUUCCCUUAUGUAAUAA